AUGCGUGAGUGCAUCUCUAUCCACGUUGGUCAGGCUGGUGUCCAGAUUGGUAAUGCCUGCUGGGAGCUGUACUGCCUGGAACAUGGCAUUCAGCCUGAUGGGCAGAUGCCCAGUGACAAGACCAUUGGAGGAGGGGAUGAUUCCUUCAACACCUUCUUCAGUGAGACUGGAGCUGGAAAACAUGUCCCCAGGGCUGUGUUUGUAGAUCUGGAACCAACAGUCAUUGAGGUACGUACUGGCACAUACCGUCAGCUUUUCCACCCAGAACAAUUAUUCACUGGCAAAGAAGAUGCAGCCAACAACUAUGCUCGUGGGCACUACACAAUCGGCAAAGAGAUCAUCGACUUGGUAUUGGAUAGGAUCCGUAAAUUGGCUGACCAGUGCACGGGUCUUCAGGGUUUUCUGGUGUUUCACAGUUUUGGUGGCGGUACAGGUUCUGGUUUCACAUCUCUGUUGAUUAUGGGAAGAAGUCCAAACUUGAAUUUGCCAUUUAUCCAGCACCUCAAGUCUCUACAACUGUGUUUGAACCCUACAAUUCCAUCCUGACCACUCACACCACCUUGGAGCAUUCAGAUUGCGCCUUCAUGGUGGACAAUGAGGCUAUCUAUGACAUUUGCAGCAGAAACCUAGAUAUUGAGCGUCCCACAUAUACCAAUCUCAAUCGCCUUAUCAGUCAGAUAGUGUCCUCUAUUACAGCCUCUCUCAGAUUUGAUGGUGCCCUGAAUGUUGAUCUUACUAAAUUCCAAACCAACUUGGUGCCCUAUCCUCGUAUUCAUUUCCCUCUGGCACUUAUGCCCCUGUUAUUUCUGCAGAGAAAGCUUACCAUGAGCAGCUGACUGUGGCUGAUAUUACAAAUGCAUGCUUUGAGCCAGCUACUAAGAUGGUAAAAUGUGAUCCACGUCACGGUAAAUACAUGGCUUGCUGCCUGUUGUAUCGUGGUGAUGUUGUGCCCAAAGAUGUUAAAGCAGCUAUUGCCACCAUCAAGACAAAGCGUAGCAUCCAGUUUGUAGACCCGUGUCCCACUGGUUUCAAGGUUGGCAUUAACUACCAACCCCCAACUGUGGUUCCAGGUGGUGACCUGGCCAAGGUACAGCGUGCUGUGUGUAUGCUGAGCAACACCACUGCAAUUGCUGAGGCCUGGGCCCGCCUGGACCACAAAUUUGAUCUUAUGUAUGCUAAACGUGCCUUCGUGCACUGGUGUGUUGGUGAGGAUAUGGAGGAGGGAGAGUUCUCUGAGGCCCGUGAAGACAUGGCUGUCCUGGAGAAGGAUUAUGAGGAAGUUGGUGCAGAUAGUGCUGAUGCAGAGGAUGAAGGUGAAGAGUAUUAG